CAAGUAGCGCGACGUUUCCCGGCGCCUGCCGCAGGACGCGUGGCACGGCGUGGGGACCCCCAGAGAGCAGAGCCUCGGGGCGCCGGGAGGUGUCGUAGCCGGAACCCUUCCCGGCCACGCCAUGCCGAGCUGGAGGCUGCUGGCUCAGGCCGGCGGCCAAGUGCUGGGCCGCGGUGCUGGCGCCCUGGGUGCUGCCCGGGGCUCGGGGAACAGAGCAAACUUAUGGCUUUUUGUUAGAAGUCUCCAUGGCAAAAGUUGUACUUGGUGGGAUGAGCAUCUUUCUGAAGAAAAUGUCCCGUUUAUUAAGCAGUUGGUCUCUGAUGAGAAUAAAGCUCAAUUAGCAAGUAAACUGUGUCCUCUGAAAGAUGAACCAUGGCCUGUACCUCCUUGGGAACCAGGUUCCUCUAGAGUUGGCCUUAUCGCACUGAAGCUGGGCAUGAUGCCUUUGUGGACCAAGGAUGGUAAACAGCACGUGGUCACAUUACUUCAGGUUCAAGAUUGUCAUGUCCUGAAAUACACUCCAAAGGAAGAUCACAAUGGGAAAAUGGCAGCCCUGACCGUAGGAGGAAAAACCGUGUCACGCUUUCACAAAUCUCCAUCCAUAUUGGAAUUUUACCAAGAACUUGGAUUACCACCAAAACAGAAAAUUAAAAUCUUUCAUGUGACAGAUAACGCUGUAAUUAAGCCAGGCACUCCUCUUUAUGCUGCCCAUUUUCGCCCAGGACAGUAUGUGGAUGUCACAGCCAAAACUAUUGGUAAAGGUUUUCAAGGUGUCAUGAAAAGAUGGGGAUUUGCAGGCCAGCCUGCUUCUCACGGUCAAACGAAAACCCACCGGAGACCGGGAGCGAUUUCCACUGGUGAUGUUGCAAGAGUCUGGCCUGGAACUAAAAUGCCUGGACAAACGGGAAACAGAGACAGGACAGCAUUUGGACUGAAAGUGUGGAGAAUAAACACAAAGCACAACAUAAUCUAUGUAAAUGGCUCUGUACCUGGACAUAAAAAUUGCUUAGUAAAGAUUAGAGAUUCCAAGUUGCCAGCAUAUAAGGAUUUCUGUAAAAAUCUACCAUUCCCUACCUAUUUUCCUGAUGGAGACGAAGAAGAACUACCUGAAGAUUUGUAUGAUGAAAAUGUGUGUCAGCCCAGCGCACCUUCUAUUACGUAUGCCUGACACAGCUGGACAUAGUUGAACCUCACAUAGUCUGUGGACUUUGCUGAGCCAGUGCAAAUGAUAUAAGCAGGAGCUAUAUUCUUUUUUUGGUCAUAACAAUAAUAUUCUUAACAUCUUGUCAAGGGCCUAAAGAUAUUAUUCAUCCCCCAACUGAGUUUUGUUAGAAAAAUUACCAUAUUUAACAGAUCAGCUAAGUAGAUUGGAUGGAUGUACCAAAUUUGAGAUGGGCUGACAAUUUGCAUAUUAGCAAAAUCUUUGUACAUUUUGAGCUGCACUCUUUUUUAUUAUGCAUUUUCCAAAUUAUCUUAAGAUGUUUGUAAAUUUAACUUCUUUUAUUAAAGAUUUGUCUGUCUUUUUGAAGGGGUUGUUUUCAAGCAAUGGAAAAUGAUAUGGGGACUAUGGUGCAGCCUUUUUAAAUAAACCAUUUCCUAAAAUUCACAUUUAUUGUUCUACACCUUAGAGUCCAAUAGGACUGAUCCCUCCUGACAACAUGUCCAAAGUAUGUGAGAUGUAGUCUUACUAUCCUUGCUUCUAAGGAGCAUUCUCGUUGUACUUCUUCCAAGACAGAGUUGUUCGUUCUUUCAUCAGUCCAUGGUAUAUUCAGUAUUCUUCGCCAACACCAGAAUUCAAAGACAUCAGUUCUUCUUCAGUCUUCCUUAUUCAUUGUCCAGCUUUCAUGUGCAUACGAUGCGAUUGAAAAUACCAUGGCUUUGGUCAGGCGGACCUUAGUCUUCAAGGUGACAUCUUUGCUUUUCAACACUUAAAAGAGGUCUUUUGCAGCAGAUUUGCCCAAUGCAGUAUGUCUUUUGAUUUCCUGACUGCUGCUUCCAUGGGGGUGGAUUAUGGAUCCAAGUAAAAUGAAAUCCUUGACAACUUCAAUCUUUUCUCCAUUUAUCGUGAUGUGGUUUAUUGGCCAAGUUGUGAGGAUUUUUGUUUUCUUUAUGUUGAGGCAUAAUCCAUACUGAAGGCUGUGGUCUUUGAUCUUCGUUAUUUGUAGGAAAUAUAAUCCACCUAGAAAAUCAGAAAGAAUCAACUGACAAACUAUUAGAAUCAAUAAAGAGAGUUCAAAAAGGUGGCUGAAUACAAGGUUAAUAUACAAACAUCCCUUAUAAAAGCAGUUAAUUGGGAGAUUUCAUGGGGGUAAUAGCAUUCAUAACAGUAACAAAAAAGACAAGGUACCUAGGAACAAGCCUAACAAAUGUGCUAGGGUGUUACUGGAAAAGAUAACACUUUAUCGAAGGGCACAAAAGAAAAUUUUAAUAAUGGGAGAGGAAUGCAGUCAUGAAUAGGAAGACUCAAUACGGAAUACGGUAAAGAAUUCAGUUCUAUUUUAAAAUCUGGGCAGGACUUCAACUAUUCAAGUUAAUUCUAAAAUUCAUGUACAACUAUAAAGAAUAAUCAAAACUUAAUAUGGUAUCCAUUAAGUAUGCCCCAUUCAGUGUUUAACCCAUUGCCAUUGAGUCAAUUCUGAGCCAUAACGACUAUAAGAGAGUAGAACUGCCCCGUAAGGUUUCCUAGGCUGUAACCCUUAUGGAAGGAGAUUGCCACAUCUUUCUCCGGAGGAGCAGCUGGUGGGUUCGACUAUGUUUAGGGACUUAGAAUACUUACUUCAGUUUAAACUUCGAAAUACUGUAUGUCUUAAUUCCCCUUUUAUUUGAUCAAAAGAUUUUAAUGAACUUAUAGAUGCAUUAAAGUUUGCUGGUAAAGCAAUCGAAAGUGGCUCUUUAAAGACAAGUGGGUGAUUAUUGCUAAGAGAACGUAAAAAUCUUUUUCCUGCAAGAUAUGUUUGUAAAGAGGAGGAGGGAAAGGUAUUUUUGCAUCGUAGUAUCUGAAAAUUGUCAAAUGGUGGAAGGAGAGCAAGAGCAACUCAUGAGCCUAUUGCCCAGAACGUAAGAUGAUUUGAAGAAAGCGGGGAGCCCUUUCCACAGACAACCUGCCCCAAACCCACCACCACCUAUCACUAGUCUGCAGUGGUCCGGAGCCCUGCACUUGAGUUUUAUGGAGAAAAUUUCUAAUCACCUUUCAGGAUCACAAGUGUGAGCCCUGUAUUUCAAGAGCCGUACGGGGCAAAAAACAUUCAUUCCCAUCCUCUACCCCCAUCCCAGGCCCUAAAGCAACAAGAAAUAGAGCUCUAUCUCCCCAUCUGCUCCCCACUGCCGGCACCUUGUACCACUAGCUACCUGCUUACUGGAGAGGAUCUGGACCCCAUUCCAGCAGGCUUGCUGGGUGGCCAGAAGUGUGUCCUCUUGAAUGAGGUGCUAAAGGAAGAAGCCUUCCCUCCAGUCAUGGAAUACAUUAGCCAAAGUCCACCUGGCCCAACACUAAGCAAAACACAUGAUUUGCUAAGGACCUUGGAUCACUAUUUCUGGCUAUGGCACAAGCGGCUUGCCUCAGCAUCUGUCCUCAAAUGGACAGUGGAAAGUGGAAUUCUGCUGUCUAAGAAUAGGAAGUAAUAGUCCCAAUGCUGGCUUGCUUACCUCCUUGUGUGGAACCUGCGGGCAAUAUUAGAUGUCUACUGAACAGAACUCAAAGCGACCCUAUAGGACAGAGUAGAACUGCCCUGGAAAGUGUCCAAGGAGCGCCUGGUGGAUUCAAACUGCAGACCCUUUGGUUAGCAGCCGUAGCACUUACAGGGUCGCUAUGAGUCGGAAUCGACUCGACGGCACUGGGUACUGGGUACUGAACAGAAAGCUGCUGGGUAGAUAGUAGAGGAAUUUGAUUUUUAGCAGUAGAGCCCUCUAGGGUCCUGAUUUGGGCUUGGACUUGCUUUACUGUUUCAGAUGUUGUCUUUAAGUAGGGGCCCUUUUUGUAACUAAACUUUACUCAAAUUAGACAUUUGUUCAACAUUGGUUGGUACUAGUUUUGAAGUAAUAAAAUAUGGAAAUACUGAACUUUGGGUAUGUUCUGUAGGCUUCAGGAAGGCCAACUGGCCAAGGAAUCCCUACGUUUAGAGUUACGCCAAGUAUUGGUCAUCCUCCUUCCUUCCCAGGACCCUUAUCUUACCCAGAAGCCUGUUCUAUGGCAGCUAAAGGUGGAAUUCUAAUGUUGACUAGUCCUUUCUUCACACUGGACCCUGACAUGGGUAAAUUGGAUGAUGUCACAAACACUAAAACUUCAAUGAAAGCAUUUCUUACAGCAGGUGUAAGGAUAUAAUUUACAAAGGGAUUAAAUAUUUGAGAGUGUAAUAGUGGGCUCUUUGACAACCUGUGAUAUGCAGAUCGUACGACUUGCUGAAAGUGAAGAGGACUUGAAGCACUUACUGAUGAAGAUCAAAGACGACAGCCUUCAGUAUGGAUUAUAUCUCAACAUAAAACAAAAAUCCUCACAACUGGACCAAUGAGCAACAUCAUGAUAAAUGGAGAAAAGAUUGAAGUCAAGGAUUUUACUUUACUUGGAUCUAAAACCAGUGCCCACGGAAGCAGCAGUCAAGAAAUCAGAUGUAUUGCAUUGGGCAAAUCUGCUGCAAAAGACCUCUUUAAAGUGUUAAAAAGCAAAGAUGUCACUUUGAAGGCUAAGGUGCGCCUGACCCAAGCCAUGGUAAUUUCAGUCUCCUCACAUGCAUGCGAAAGCCGGAUAAUGAAUAAGGAAGACAAGAGAAAAACUGGUACCUUUGAAUUAUGAUGUUGGCGAAUAAUGUUGAAUAUACCAUAGACUGACUGAAGAACAAACUACUCUGUCUCGGAGGAAGUACAGCCAUAGUGCUCCGUAGAAGCAAGGACAGCAAGAUGUCACCUCACGUACUCUGCGUAUGUUAUCAGAAGGGACCACUCCAUGGAGAAGGACAUCAUGCUUGGUAGAGAGUCAGCUAGAAAGUGGAAGAAUCUCAAGGAGAUGGGUUGCCACAGUGGCUGCCACAAUGGGCUCAAACGUAGCAAAGGUUGUGAAGAUGGUGCAGGACCCGGCAGUGCUUCAUUCUGCGACAGCAACUGAUAACAACAACAAAACUGUGAGAAAAUUAAUUUCUGUUUGUUAAAGCCACCCAUUUAUGGUAUUUCUGUUACAGCUGCACUGGAUAACUCAGACAGACACUCUUGGCCAUGUAGCAGCAAACGCCCGCUACGGGAGGAAAGAGAGCAGCGUCUGAGAUGCUGACACUGAGCGUGUUGUUUGUACCUCUGGGAUGAAUGCUCCAACGCAGACCCCUUUAAAUGUUUGUAUUACCCCUCACUCUUGGCAGAGGUACCGUGUGUCAGAAUAGAAGCACAGCACCGUGACUUCCUGUGGCACGAGUUUUGCAAAUAGUCUCCUAGCCUGCAGUGGGAUGUCCUUUUGCCAGCUACUUUGUUGCUUUUACACGGCUAAUUUCCUUGGUUGGAUUGCAUUAGCCUAGAAAUGCCCAUUACUCUUAUUUUGCCUCAAGUUUACCACUUUGGGUGUUCUCCUCACUUUUGCAGAAAAUAUGGCAGGGAGAAUAGACUUGUACUGCUCACCUGGUUUUUAUAAAUAGUUACAUACAUGGUGGUGCGCUUUUGACAAGAUAGGGCAUGUUGCUGGUAUCUAUUUUCCUGAUCUGCUGACCCAAGAGAGCGUUUGAAGAAAGACACAAACAGGUCACGGUGCUGUGAGGCCACGUUGGGCAAACUUCUUCAGGAGCUUUGUAAUCAUAUGUGUCAUUUCAUGGCUACCGGUUUUCUGUAUAGGAAGCAGUUCCUCACGAGAGUUUUCUUGACUAAUGACAAAGCUUCUGCUGCCUUCAGGAAUUUUUCAUGAAGUUGACUUUAGUGUCGUAACAGAUAUUCUCCUUCAGUUUGCAGUUUUACUGCUGUAUCUGCUAUAAUGCCUCAUCUGCCAUCUUCCGGUAUUAAUCCCUACAGUAGUAAUUCCUCCCAGACCAGGAACAUGGCCCCAGCAAUGACAAUGGUCUCUCAAUUCGUGCCUUACAAGACCAAAUGAUGACUGUCAUUCAGAUUCUUUCCAGCAAUUGCCUAGAAUUCCCCAAAAUGAGAGGACCCAGGUAAAGUGUCACUGUCCCAUCCAGAAAACAGAGUCCUGAGCGUGCAGGGUCAGCAGCCUCAAUUUCAUCAUUUACUUUUCUGCUUUUAACUGUUGUCUCCAAAGAACUUAGAGCGUCCAUAUCACGCAUUGUUUUCCGUUGUUUUUAGAUUAAUGAACUGGCCUGUUCAAGCUAGACGAGCCAAAUUAAUCUCAGUGGAUGCAAUCUGUAGCACCACAAAAGGAAAUAAAUGAUUUGAACCCAGCUGGCCAAAAAAUCUUCUUGACACAGGAGGUGCAUAAUUGCUCCUUCCUGACAUCUGGCUGAGAGAGUCAAAGUGACAGUUCUGGUCUCGAGUCUCCAAAAGUAGGCUUUCUGUGAGCGUUGAGUAUGGCUUAAGGCAUUUAGAAUUUAUUUAUUUUUAUUUUUAUUUUUGAAGAAAACACAUAGGACAUCCAUCAAGUGCUGACACUGCUUUGAAUUUGCUUUAUUUUAGAAGGAACAAACUAAACACUUCAUCACAAAUGUCACGGCAAAAAUGCAUGGACAACUUAUAUUAAUGGAAUUGUGUCAGAAUGAACAAUAAUAAAUGGCUUUCUUGGGCAUCCCACACUAAUUUUCUUAUCUGAGGUAGUGGUGUAGUUAAUAACAAAGCAAAGAUGACACCAGAGCUGUUGGUGCCCUGUCCAUUUUACUCUGCUAACAGGAAGUAUUGAGUCUGAUGCUUUACCUCACAGAGGAGUCCAGGUGUGGCUGUUCGCCCCCCUCCUCAAACAUGGGGAGCUAGGCUGUUAAUAGCAUCCAGCCUGCUGACAAAAUAUCACCAUAAAUGGCAGAACAGAGGUGACAGUAUCCACAGAGGAAAUAGGUAUUUAGGAAAAUAUGAAUCAAAGCUGAGGGAGUAUAGAAAGAAAGAAGAGGUGAUAAAAUGAAAGCUAUUUUUUUUUAAUAAGGAAAAGAUCUGUGUUACAUAAAAACACAGGACUUUUUCUACCUGUGAAAUGAGAACAGGCAGCAUCUCCGCUCCGCUUGCAUGGUUCAUUUCUCUAAACAGUAACCAGUGAGGAUGCCCUGCAUUGGGAAGGUGUCAUGGAUUGAAUUACGUCCCCCAAAAAUGUGUGUAUCAACUUGGUUAGGCCAUGAUUCCCAGUAUUGUGUGGUUGUCCUCCAUUUUGUGAUUGUAAUUUUAUGUUGAGAGGAUUAGGGUGGGAUUGUAACAGCACCCUUACUCAGGUCACCUCCCUGAUCCAAGGUAAAGGGAGUUUCCCCGGGGUGAGGCCUGUACCACCUUUUAUCUCUCAAGAGAUAAAAGGAAAGGGAAGCGAGCAAAGAGUUGGAGCCCUUAUACCACCAAGAAAGCAGCACCAGGAGCAGAGCGCCUCCAUUGGGCCCGGGGUCCCUGUACCUGAGAAGCUCCUUCACCACAAGGACCUUCCUCCAGAGCCAACAGAGAGAGAGAGCCUGAAGGGAGGGAAAUGCCUCAGACACAAGGAGAUUCUCACAAUGGUUUAUAAAGGCAGCCUUGCAUUUACCUGGAAACCCUGGUUGUGUUGUGGUUAAGAGCUAUGGUUGCUAACCAAAAGGUUGGCAGUUCAGAUCCACCAGGCUCUCCUUGGAAACUCUACAGGACAGUUCUACUCUGUCCUACAGGGCUGCUAUGAAUCAGAAUCAACUUGACAACAACCGGUUUGGUUUGGUUUUGGUUUUGGCUUUACCUAAAGCAGUGGUUCUCAAUCCUGGCCGCAUAUCAGAACUACCCAGGGAGCUUUUAAAACCCUAGUCCAAUGUUUUCAGAAUCUCUGGAGGUGGAACCCAGGCAUCAGGGCUGGGUUAAAGCCCCCCAGGAAAUCCGAUGUACAGCCAAGGUUAAGAACCUCUGGUCUAAAACAACAUCAUGUAUAGACAGGCAAGGUACUUAUAUGAAAGCCAGGCCAAUUAGUUGGGAACCCACCAGAGCAAUCCAAUUGUCUCCAAUUUGGAGACAACUUUAUUAAAAAGUAAAAAUACUGUUUUAUAAGUGUAUAAAAAGCCAUUGCUGUUGAGUUGAUUCCAACUCACAGCAAUCCUAUAGGACAGAGUAGAACUGCCCCCAUACCGUUCUCAAGGAGCCGCUGGUGGACUUGAACUGCCAACCUUUUGGCCAGCUGCCAAGCUUUUAACCACUGUGCCACCAGGAGUUCGACUUAUAUGUGUAUACUACUAUUUUUAUUUUAAGGUGGUUUGUGUUCAUGUGAAAGUACCACCUUGGGAAAAUGCUUUACACCUUGUGAUAGUUAAGGUUGUGUGUCAACUUGGCUGGGCUAUGAUUCUCAGUGGUUUAAUAGUCAUUGAUGAUAUGAUCACUUCCAUGAUGAGAUUUGAUAUUAUGUGAUCACCUCCAUAAGGGGAUCUGCUGUGAGUAGCCAGUCGAUUGAAAGGAAGUUUCCUUGGGUGUGUGGCCUGCAUUGAAUGUAAGUGGAUAUUCUGUCAAGGCUUGUGGGCUUUUGUUUGUUCUGGAUCCUGCAGCUGUCUCCGGUUCCUCUGAUCUCCAGUUCUUGGGACCUGAGCCAGCAGCUUACCUGCUGUCUUGCCUGCUGAUCUUUGGAAUUCGUCAGUCUUCACAGCCUGUGAGCAAGAGCCCUGCUCACUGACCUGCUGAUCUUGGGUUCACUGGCCCCAGUAGCUAUGUGCAUCAGGAGAAGCAUUCUAUUCUGAUGCAUCAGCUUGGGACGUUCCAGUCUCUACAACCAUGUUACAUCACUGAUCCAAUGUAAAGGGAGUUUCCCUGGAGGGUGGCCUGCACCACCUUUUAUCUUACAAGAGAUAAAGAGAAAGAGCAGCAAAGACAGAAGAGGGACCUCAUACCACCAAGAAAACAGUGCCAGGAGCAGAGCACAUCUUUGGACCCAGUGUUCCUGCGAGGAGAAGUUCCUAGUCCAGGGGAAGAUUGAUGAGAAGGAUCUCCUUCCAGAGCUGACAGAGAGAGAAACCCUUCCCCUGGAGUUGAUGUCCUGAAUUUGGACUUCUAACCUACUAGAUUGUGAGAAAAUUAAUUUCUCUUUGUUAAAGCCAUUCACUUGUGGUAUUUCUGUUAUAGCAGCACUAGAUGACUAAGACACCAGCUAAAACUGCCGAACCAUCUUUAAAAAAAUCAACUCAAAAUUUAAUUGAAUGGUGGAUUCUUACAGCUUUGUAAGGACAAUGUCCCAAUUUUCUCUGCACCCAUGAGAUGGUGAGGUGCAUUGAACAGGGCAGUUAGGCACUCCUGGCCUCUGUGCAUUUUCAUGGGCAGGCAAGGCUAGGAAGAAUGUCUAUGUAUUCACCAUUCCUCCUAUUUAUUUGAUAAGUUGACCUAAUUUAUCAAACACAGAAGGUCAAUGAUCUGGAGAACUUUAAGAAAUCUUCUAAUGAUCCUUUUCUUUCACCACCAGGUAAGAAAAUGUCAGAACUUCUCAGGCUUUUGGUGAUUCCUAGGCAUAGAGAUGCCACCAUUUCUGACCAAGGUAGGGGUCCUCUUUGGUACCUCCUGGAUUCUUGGGAUGUUGAUUCUAUGUUGAGUCAAGGGUAGUUUCCUGUUUUCAUAGAAAUGAUAAAUAGUAGGAAAGACAUUCGGAAAACCCACUGAAUGAGAAAAUAUAAAUUAGGAAAAUAUCAUUAUGGGCCAAUGGACACUUAGUUUGAUUUUAAAAAACACCAAAGAAAAGAAAUAAUAGCAUUUUUAAAAAUAACCUUUGUUUAUUUUCCAUUACAAAAGUAAUAUUUAUUUUUUAUGUAAAAUUUAAAACAAAAACAAUUCAUGAUUUUACCCUGCAGAGAUACUAUGACUGAUGACAUCUUCUAGACCUUCUAUGUAUAGAUCUAUGUAUAGAUCUAUAUUUAUAAUAAAUAGGAUUGUGCUGUUUUAUAGUAUUUAUUUCAGUUGAGAAUAUAUCUUUUAAUAUCAUUAAGCUUUUGCUUUUUGAUGUUGCUUUGUGUUUAUCAUUAGAAACUCUUCUGUGAUGAACAUCUUUUUAGCUAAAUCUUUGUGGACAUCAUUUGUUAUUUUCUUAAGUAAAUUCCUAGAAAUGAAAUGACUGGGUGAAAGAAUAUGUAGUACUGAAUUGCCCCUCAGAAAGAUUUUGCCAAGUUAAAUGUGUUCAAAAUGUCAACCUCCUCUGUUGAGACAAAAAUAGCUGUUACCUGCUGCCUGACUGAGGUAUACAAGGGCUUCCCCCUCAAGUGAUUACGCACGUACUAGUAAUUUUUCCCCUAGUUCUUAAUAGGGAUUUUGCUUUUAUCCUCUUCUUCCGUAAGAUCCAGAAGGGGAAUGCCCAACUUGCCUUUACAUCACUUUUCUCCCUUCACUCCUAAAACUGCAUUUUUCCUCCAGUGAUCGAAGCAAGGUCCUGUACUAACAACUUGGAACUUCCAGAAUCUCUAGGAAGAAAGAACUAAUCUCUAGCGUCCUGGGUGAAGUUAUAAGCUACCACAUGGAAAGCAGGAAGAAACGCAAAAGCCUGUAUCACUUCAGCUAGUGGAUAUUGGAUGGGUUCAAGUAUCUCUAUCUGGGGCUGUCCAGAACCCCAGGAGGGUGCGCCACUGCACAGCAAGGGAGGAAAGAGGCUGGUUUCAUGGGCCUGCGUGGUGAAAGGCAGUGUUCAGACUGGCAGCAUCAAAGCAGUAUUACACUUGACAACCCUGAUAGAGAUAGACAGCUGCUGCCGAGUUGACUUUGACUCGUGGCAAUCUUACAUGCAAUAAAACAAAACACUGCCCAGUCCUGCAUCAUCCUCACAAUUGCUGGAAUGUUCAAGUCCAUCCUUGAAUCAGGUAGAGGAAGAUCUUUAGUCCUUCAGGUGUCCCUGCCUUGACUCCCCCAAUACUGAGUACAAGUAUGUGUUCAAAUGAACCAACUCUUCUUAGCCUGGCUUCCGUGGUAAUUAUCUCAUCCCAACCCAACAUUCCUAUUCAUGGUGCAUGGCAAUUAAUAUUUAGGUGUAUAUUGUCAGGUAUAUACAGUCCCACUCUGUGUGUGUCUUUCUGGUAAGUCAUCAUACCUCCUUUUAAAAAGGGAAUGAAGAAAGGGCGGGAGAAAGCAAGAAAAGGAGAUUAACUGAAGGAUUUUAUGAGAGCUAAUUUGAAACUGGAACUGUGUAUCUUAGGUUCUACUUUUAGUUCCUUAACGGCUGGAAAGAAUUGAUUCCUUUCCAGUCAUCCAGAACAAGGAGGACAUAAUAACAUUCAUGAAAUUCUUGUUGAAGAAGACUUAAAUUCGGGAGUGAGAAGAACUCACAUGGUAGGCAAUCAGUAAAUACCUUCAGGAGAAAUGGAAGGGGGAUGGAAAGAGGAGGAAGAAAGGAGAAAUAAAUUAUGGCCUGGAAACAUCUCCUUAAGCUACAGAUAGAAUCAGCCCAGCAGGGCAGUUAGCCAGUUGCCAUAGUGUCAAUUCAGACUCACGGUGAACCCAUGUGUACAGAGUAGAACUGCGCUCCCUAGGGUUUUCGUGGCUGCGACCUUUUGGAAGUAGACGGCCAGGCCUUUCUUCUAAAGUGCACUUGGGUGGGUUCAAAACACCAACCUUUCAGUCAGCAGCUGAGCACUUAACCAUUAGUGCCACCUAGGGACUCCACAGGGCAGUUACACAGACCAUUUCUUCCCUAUAUGUGUGAUGCUUGCAUUGGGUGGGGAAGCAGACCUAGACUGACAGAGGGCCAAGUGAUCUGGGCUCUGCCCCAGGGUCGCUGAUUUGGCCAGCACUUCCAGUAACACAGAUUGAAGUGUCUAAAUGAAGUUGCAAAAUCCUAAAAGGUGCUGAGAAGCUGAUAAAGGCAAAAGAAAGGAGCAGAACGUUCUUCAAUCCAUUCAUAAUUGCCAGUGAUGUUUGAGGAUCUUACUUGCUUAUCGCAGGGCUCAGAAAGUUUCUAAGGGACCCUGUAGAAGUCCCCACCCUACCCAGGCAGUUCUGUCCCCUGGGACAGGAAGUAGAAAGUGAAUCUCUCAGGAAAUAUUUCUAUAUUUUUUUAAAUAUAUUUUUUCAAGAAAAUGUUUUUAAAAAUUGUCAGAUCUACUUUUUCUGUCCCAUGUGCUCUUAUUUAGCAUGCGUGCCAUUUCCUCAUUAUGAAUUAACCAUAUAACGUUUUACCAAAGUUCAUCAUUGAGCUACUGAUAAUUCUUUAGCCAGUGCUUAACUACCUGCAGAGUUCAGUAGGGUGUCUUGGUUUAGUGCUGCUAUAGCAGAAAUACCACAAAUGGAUGGCUUCGACAAACAGAAGUUUAUUCUCUCACAGUUUAGGAGGCUAAAAGUCCAAAUUCAGGGUGCCUGCUCUAGGGGAAGGCUUUCUCUGUCAGGCCUGGGGGAAGGUCCUUGUCAUCAUUCUUCCCCUGGUCUAGGAGCUUCUCAGCACAAGAACCGUGGAUCCAAAGGACACACUGUGCUCCAGUGUUGCUUUCUGGGUGACAUGAGGACCCCUGUCUCUCUGCUCCUCAAAAGAGAUUGUCUAAAGGUACAACCUAAUUUUGUAGAUUGAGUCCUGCCUCAUUAACAUAACUGCCUGUAAUCCUUGCUCAUUAACAUCAUAGAGGCAGGAUUUACAACACAUAGGAAAAUUACAUCAGAUGACAAUAUGGUGGACAGUCACACAUCACUGGGAAUCAAGGCCCAGACAAGUUGACACAAAUCUUUGGGGGACACAGUUCAAUCCAUGGCAUAGAGCUUCCUAUUAUCUGUCCUAAAAUCACUUUUUUCAAGCUCCAAGGGGCAGUGCUAUGACCAAGAUUUUUGAAAUUUGAUAGACAAGCUCAUGAUCCUUCUGUCCCCAUGUCAUUAGACUUCAACCCUAGAGGCUCUUAGUCUUCUGUGAAUUCCCAGGGCAUGAAAUAUGGCCUGUUCACCUCUCUGUGUGUUCCCAUGUUUGGCAUAGUGUCCGACAGGUGACGUGGAAGGGCCUGCAAAAGGCUUGUAAACAAAGGGAAUGGUAUGAGCAUACUGAAGUCUUUAUUUGCUUUUCUUUUUUCCGUAUUUUUGAUCAUUUUAUUUGCUUUUCUCUGGACUGGUUUCAUAUCUGUACUCCAUAUACACUAUGCUUGCAACUUUUCUGUAAGUUUGAUGUUAUUUCCAAAUAAAAAGUUAAAAAAAAAAAAAAGAA